GUGUCAAAACGUUAUUAUGCGCGGAUGAUACUGUGACAUUUUCCAGCAGUAGACAGUAGUGUCGCCUGCCCAACGCGGGAAAUGUCAGGAGCAACAAGUUCAAAGGGAUUAUGGACUCCAUCAUUCAGGCGAUUACUGCAAUCAGCAUAUCAAAAAAUACGUGAAGCUAUGUAUCAUAAUCAUGUUGUUGCGAACAAUGAAGUAAUUCAUGUUUAACAUUUGAGAAACGAUCUAUAAGAGAAGUACAUUUGAGAAUAUAAAAUGGAUAGAAAAUUAAAGUGGGUUAAAAUAGUGGUUACUUAUAGAAGAAGUAUUAAAUAGUCAUUGGACAUAAAGAAAACAGCUUCGAUGCUUUAAUUAACGUUCUUGGAAAUAUUGCAAGGAGGUUGACGCAUGACUUCUGAUUUAGUUAUUCGGAUUGACAAAACGGAUUCUUCGGGGAAAAUGGGCAAGAGCAAGGAGGCGCCCACUAAAGAUAGAUCGGUGAGGUUACGUGUUAUGCCAGAACAGAGCAAUGAUUACAGGGUUGUGGUUUUUGGCGCAGGGGGUGUCGGAAAGAGCAGUCUCGUUCUCAGAUUUGUACGCGGGACGUUCCGUGAAUCGUACAUACCCACUAUAGAAGACACUUACCGUCAAGUGAUAAGCUGUAAUAAACAGGUGUGUACGCUUCAGAUAACAGACACAACCGGAAGUCACCAGUUUCCCGCCAUGCAAAGGUUGUCAAUUUCCAAAGGACAUGCUUUUAUUCUUGUUUACUCAAUUACGAGUCGACAGUCCCUCGAGGAACUGAAACCAAUAUUUGAAGAAAUAACGGAAAUUAAGGGUACUGACAUUGAAGGAAUUCCAAUUAUGUUAGUGGGUAAUAAAUGUGACGAAUAUAGCCGGGAAGUGGGCACUGCCGAGGGAGCGGCGGUUGCUAAGCGAUGGAACUGUGCUCAUCUAGAAACGUCCGCUAAAACAAACUAUAACGUUAAAGAGCUGUUUCAAGAACUUUUACAGUUAGAGAAACGUCGGACGAUGAGUUUACAGUUAGAAACAAAGAAAACGAGAUCACAAAAGCGGAAAGAAAAACUGAAGGGGAAGUGUUUAAUAAUGUGAUAAUUUAGACACACCUGAAAUGGUUAAAGUCAAAGUUUUACGGAAAGGUUGUUUUUACGUUAUGCCGACCGGUAAUCCUGUUUUCGUCUGAGAUAGAGCGUUCUUUAAAGGACUGAAAAGAAAGUGUAAAUGUUGCUAAAUGUGUGUGACCGGAAAUGAGCUACGGCAACUUGUGAUGAUUUCUCUUACAGGAGUGUUUGUUUUAUAAUAAAGCAUUGCAGAAAAUAUGGAUUAUUCGUGUUAGGUAGGCGCCAGUUAUUCACCGCUUAAUGUACAUCUCUAAAGGGCAAUCGACGGGAAAAUGGUGUAAUUGCAAUGUUGAAAAAUGCGGAUACACAUUCAGUUAGCUGCUUACUUCCGGUGUAGUUGCUAUAUUUAACUUUUGUACGUCAUUAACUUAGCGAUUCAACAUUUGUUCAAACAAAGUUCAAAUGACUGUCUUUCAAAUAUAUUUGUGCAAGGAAUGGAAACGUUUUCACACGUUCAUUGUCACACAUUUUAAGUGUUUAUUGUUAACAAGUACUACAUUAUGUUUGCAAGUCAGGCUGUUGCAAAGACCGCAGUUAAAAUAGUAUAAUAUUGAAUAUUGUUGUAUCAUUUAUGCUGUAGUCAACACUUAUAUACAUAAAUAUAACUUAUACAAUUGUGAAUAUGAAAAAUUGUUACUAAUAUUCCAUUGAAAUAUAGAUUUUUGUUAACGUCUG